AUGACAGAAAAGUUAGUAGAUGAACCUAGGAAGCACGUCAAAAUCUCGUUUGUUAAAAAAUACUUACCAUCUCGGCCUGGGUUUGUUAAAAUCACGAUUGCUAAAGUUGUAGGAAACCUUAAGGCCAACAAUAUAAACAAACGAAAAAGUAUGUCACAAAAAUGGAAGAAAAAAAGGAAUAUACAUCAAGUAAAAUUAGGUCACAAAGAUAAAAAAAUUAAAAUAAAUAAGAGGAUGUCAACAGUAAAUCCAAUAGCAACAAAAUAUCAAAUCGAGCAUUCACGGAAUCGUUCAUCUUACCAACUGAAUGCAAUUUUCUUCUCGUCCCAUUACCAAAACGAUGAAACAGCAGAACAUUUUUUAUGCUUUAUUGCAUUUAGUAAUGUAAAAUCAGUGUCUAAACGCCUUCAUGCAUCCGCAUUUAAUUCACCCAUAUUCGUACUUAUUCUUCUGUAUACGUAG